UCUUGACUCAAUCGCGAGUUUCCGGCUCCCACUUCCUCUGACCAAUGAGCAAAGCCGGCAUAGCAUCCUCCAGGGCCGCCUGAGUUCGCGGGAAACCGGCUGUAGCGUUAUUGCUCUUGGGUUUAAACAACCGUAUUUGAUACUAAAUCAACGUGUCAUUUAUCGAGCCAUUUAAAACUGUAACUGAUAAAAAACGUAGCAGCGAGACACAGCUUCAAUCCGCCGUCUUCCUAGCACUGCUGCCCUGGCUGCUAUGCUAACGAGGCUUGUUAGCUAGGUUGCCUCAUUGGCUAACAGGAAUAUUGUGCUUUAUGCGACAGGACACAGAAAAUACUGCCGACUUCAAAGAGACAAAGGGCUGCAGUACUCAGACACGAACAGACUGUUAAACAUGUUCAACUUAGACCGUUUUCGUUUUGACAAGAAGGCGGCGACGACAACAACAAACAAAAGCCAAGAAAGCGGAUCGAAAAGUCCAGAGUCUGAGAAAGAGAACAAGCCAGCUCAAAUGAAAGCCCCACCAAAGUCCCACGCCAGAGGAGUGGUUUUUGAAGAAAUGAUUACAAUUGACUUGGAAGAGGAGGAGCUUCACUCUGGAACAAAAACCAAACCCAAGAAGGCCCAGAGUGCCAAGGGGAAAUCAUCCAAGUCAUCCCAAAAUGGGGCAAUGUAUCACACAGAUGACGAGGACAGUGAAUUAGAAGAGAAAAUGAGCAGAUUACUGGAGAUGUUCCCUCAGUUGACAAGGAUGGAACUGCUGGAGGUUGUUGGCAGCACAAGCACAUUGGAUGGGGCUGUAGCUGCAUGUCUUCUAAAGUUUGGUGAUAAAGAAGCCCCAAACCAAGGCAGGAAAAGAAAGCAGGAUGGAUCCAGCAGUCCUCAGGAAAAUGGUGAGAUUCAACCCAGCAAGAAGAGAAGGCCAUCCGCGGUUUCUGAUGAAGAUGAUGAUGAUGAUGAUGAUGAAGAAGAUGAAGAAGAUGAUGAUGAUGAAGACAGAGAGCCAAACUGGGAGAAGCAGGAAGCCAUGGUCAGAAGACUGCAGAAAAAGUUUCCUGACCAGGACAAAGAGGAGCUGCGGAUGGUGCUGCAGGAACACGACUGGAAUGUUGAAGAUGCUCUGCAGGUUCUUCAGAUGUUCUCCGACCCAGAUGACACCAGUUUCAGCUCGCCUGACACAGAAGAAAAGAAAUCCAGUAAAUCGAAGAGUAAAGACAAGUCAUGCAAGGACCACAGGAAGUUAAGGCGCCACAAAGAUCAUGAAGAUGGCGAAAGAAGAAAAGGUCAAAAGGACUAUGAGGACACAUUAGUUAUUAGUGAAACAGAUGAGGACAGUAAAGGUGAUACAGAAGAUACAAAGGACAGUGAAGAAGAAUCGGACUCGGACAGUGGAAGAUCGAAACACAGAAGUAGCACUUCCACUCUGUCUACAUGGUUAAAAAAAAGCUCUGACUCAGUAUCUUCAUCCUCCUCCGUCAAGAAAACAACUACCUCUUCCUCCCAGAAGCCAUCAUCCUCUUCCUCUACUGUUGAGAUGUUGUCCAAAUUUGCCAGUGGGACCAGUAUAGCUAAGAAGCAGGCAGCAGAGAGAAAGCAAAAGGCCCGUCUCUCAAACGAAGAUGUCAGCUCUGAGGGGGAAAAUGACGAUGGAGAAGACACAGUUAGCACUGAGUUUGAGGACUCUGACGAGGAGCUGGACACUAAAGGUGGAAUGACAGAUCUGAAGAAACAGAUACUCAGUUUCUUCCAGGAUGCAUCAAUCGAUGAGCUGUCGCUGAUUGCUGGGUGCUCUGUUAAGAAAGCCCAGAAGAUUGUGGAACUGAGGCCAUUUGAUGAGUGGCAAAGCCUGCUUGAUGUCUUUCAUAAAUCCAACGGGCUGUCGGAAGACUUACUGUUGGGCUGCAAAGUCGUCCUCAGAGAGCGGCAGGUCGUCCUGGGACUGAUGUCCAAAUGUCAGACCAUUGCCUCAAAAAUGGUCAAACAGGUCACUCAGGUGAUGGAGAGGGGCCCAGGGUCCAUGAAACAGCCCAGCCUCCUCAACAGCCAGAACCAGCUGAAACCCUAUCAGCUGAUUGGUCUAAAGUGGCUGCUGCUUCUGAAUGAGCACAAACUAAGUGGUAUCCUCGCUGAUGAAAUGGGUUUGGGGAAAACUAUUCAGGCUAUAGCGUUUCUGGCACAGCUGUCCCAGAAUGGAAUAUAUGGUCCUCACCUCAUCACUGUGCCCGCCUCUACACUGGAUAACUGGGUCAGAGAGCUGAAGCUGUGGUGUCCAAGCCUCAAAGUGGUAGUCUAUUGUGGAUCUGUGGAGGACCGCCGCUACCUCAGACAUGACCUCCUCAAUCAAGACAUUGAGUGUGACGUCAUUGUGACCACAUAUAACAUGGCCAUCGGAAACGAUUCUGACCGCAGCCUUUUCCGCAAGCUGCCUCUGAAGUAUGCUGUGUUUGAUGAAGGUCACAUGCUGAAGAACAUGAACUCUCUACGCUACCGCCACCUUAUGGCUAUUAACGCAGAGCAUCGCUUGCUGCUGACAGGAACUCCUUUACAGAACAACCUCUUAGAGCUGAUGUCUCUCCUGAACUUCAUUAUGCCUUCUAUGUUCUCCAGCUCAACUUCACAGCUCUCCAAAAUGUUUUCUAUGAAAUCCCACGAGGAGCAGAGCCGAUUUGAGAGGGAUCGUAUUUCUCAGGCCAAACUCAUCAUGAAACCUUUUAUCCUCCGAAGAGUCAAGAGUGAGGUCCUCAAGCAGCUGCCAGCCAAGGAAGAGAAGGUUGAAUCCUGCCCAAUGAGUGACAAACAGCAGGUUCUCUACCAGACCCUCUUUAAAAAACUCAAGACUUCCAUAGAUGGAGAGAAACAAGAGUUGUGUAAUGCGAUGAUGCAGCUGAGGAAAAUGGCCAACCACCCUCUGCUUCAUAGACAGUACUACACCACAGAAAAGCUCAAAGCCAUGAGUAAACUAAUGCUCAAGGAGCCAACUCACUUUGAUGCAGACGCUGCUCUGAUCCAGGAGGACAUGGAAGUGAUGUCAGACUUUGAGCUGCAUCGUCUGUGCCAGCAGUACUCCAACAUCGGCUCUUUCCAGCUUGAAAAUGAUCUCCUUCUCGACUCUGGGAAAUUCCACCACCUCAAAGAGCUGCUGGCUUCACUUAAAAAUAAAGGGGACCGAGUGGUAUUAUUCAGUCAGUUCACCAUGAUGCUGGACAUUGUGGAGGUGCUGCUGAGACACCUUAAGCAUCGUUACGUCAGACUGGAUGGAUCCACACCCAUAGCCGACAGGAUUGGAUUGAUUGAUGAGUUCAACACUGAUCCUGACAUAUUUGUGUUCCUGUUGUCAACACGUGCCGGUGGCCUCGGCAUCAACCUCACCUCAGCUAAUGUUGUCAUCUUACAUGACAUCGACUGCAAUCCAUACAACGAUAAACAGGCAGAGGACAGAUGUCACCGUGUCGGCCAGACCAAGACUGUUCAGGUGAUUAAGCUCAUCAGCAAGGACAGCAUAGAGGACUGCAUGCUGCAGCUGAGCCAGAAGAAACUAAAGCUGGAGCAGGACAUGACUGCUGCUGAAGGUGGUGAGGGGACCAUACCUGAAGAUAUGGCAUCUUUGCUCAAAGCCUCACUGGGACUGUGAUACACAAACACAUGAUACUUGAGACUGAACAAACACAUUUUUGAUGGCAUUCCUGUGAUUCUGGGCAGACUUGAGUGUUCUGUCUGAACACACACACACACACACACACACACACACAUACUUGUGUCUAUACUGGAAAACUACUGAGAACCAUAUGCUGCCAUGAAAAAAAAAGUACUGAGAUCUUAUUUACUGUGUAGCAUGGUAGCUGUGCCUAAAACACCUAUUUUUACAUGCACACAGUUUUUGCUUUAUCUUUGACGAUGAGAUCAGUUUAAAAGGCGAAAAAUGUUGCCUUUUACAGUUUAUGCACUUCACGUGUUACGCAAGGAUUCUCUGCAAAAACUUGAAAGAAAGUGGUGUAUAGAAGUUCAGACCAAACUAUCAGUAUUGCAGUAUGUGUUUGAAUAUGGCGCUUGUAAGAACAAAAGAAUCAUUUAAGUUUGCAUAUCCUAUCCGGUCUUAUAAUAUUUGCAUUCAGAUUAAGGUCCUGUAUGCUGGCAGUCUUUGAUGGAUGAAAUAUUCCAAGUUCUAGUACAGAAGUUGUGCGAAGACAUGAAGAAUAGUAGAUUUUUAUACCAUUCUUUCAAGUAUUGCAUCUUGCCUCGUUGACUUGCUCUUACCGGCCAGCUCUUACAAAAAGUGUAAAAAACAUAAAAACUGUAUUGCUGCUGUGAUCCACAUUAACAUUUAACAGUAGCUGACAAGACAACUAUACAGAAAAUGUUGCUGU